UUGGGAUAUGGAAGUGGGCUAGUAGUUGGGUUGGUUAUUGGGACAACUCUUAGGAGGAGGUAUCACGAAUGGUUUGUCGACACCUUUGGGAGGCGGAAGAAAAUUCAGAAGAAGCAGAAAAGCAAGGGCCGAAGAACCUAACGGAUAUUGAUUUUGCAGUUGUUGGCAACGAAAUUGUGAGUUCUUUCUUCCUUACUACUUUUGUGCUUGUGCUCCCAUCUUGGCUACAAGUUAUGUUAAAUAAACGAAAAGGGUCAGGCGUUAAGGAUAUGCAGGUUUUUGCAGUGCACAAGAGAGAUCUUCCUGGAGCUUUUGUUCUUCAUGUUGCAGUUAUAUAUGUCUUUCUAUUACUCAUGGUCUUGUCAUGUAACGCUCAUGUCCAAUUGUCUUUGUGUUAUGUAUCGAUCUGGUCUUAG